CCGGGGACAGUCCCGUUAAGCGGAGCGGCAGAGCGGACAGACAUUUUCAACCUGAGUCCAAACAAACACAGCAAAAUAAAAAGAAGAGGAAGAGCAGAAGAAACUUGCUGAGUCUUUCUUGUUUGAGGUCAAAGUUCAACAGUCGUCAUGGCAGAUGAAGCAGACAUGCGCAAUGAGCUGGCCGACCUGCAGACACGCGCGGACCAGAUAGCGGAUGAGUCUCUGGAGAGCACUCGGCGUAUGCUGGCUCUGGUUGAGGAGAGUAAAGAUGCGGGCAUCAGGACUCUGGUCAUGUUGGAUGAGCAGGGAGAGCAACUUGAUCGUGUCGAGGAGGGCAUGAACAAGGUCAACGCAGACCUGAAGGAGGCCGAGAAAGAUUUAAAAGAUAUAGGACAAUGCUGUGGUCUGAUAUGCCCAUGUAUUAAAAAGAUUAAGGGCGGGGGCCAGGCCUGGGGAGGGAACCAGGAUGGAGUUGUGAACAGCCAGCCAGGGGCUCGGGUGAUGGAUGAACGUGAACAGAUGGCCAUCAGUGGGGGCUUCAUCCGCAGGGUAACAGAUGACGCCCGGGAGAAUGAGAUGGAUGAGAACCUGGAGCAGGUGGGCGGGAUCAUUGGCAAUCUGCGUCACAUGGCCCUGGACAUGGGUCAGGAGAUCGACACCCAGAACCGCCAGAUCGAUAGGAUCAUGGAGAAGGCUGAUUCCAACAAGACCAGGAUUGACGAGGCCAACCAGCGUGCUACAAAGAUGUUGGGCAGUGGCUAAACUGCAGCGAAAAGUGCUUUCAUCCCCGUUUAACCCCAAUCACCCUAAAAAACAAACACAACACAAACCAAACCCAGCCCCCAACACCAACAGCCAGCACCCACUUCCUUUGCUCGACAGCAAGCGCUGCAAAAUCAUGCUUUUAUUGUGAUACUUGUAGAGGUUUGCACACAUGCACAUAUCAUAUGUCCCUCUGAUCCCCACCCGAUCCCCCCAACUCUCUCAUUUCAGCCCAUCACUUCCCUUCGCCCCUUCCACCCCUUGUUGUCAAUGUUGUUCUGUGGUGUCGGGCUUUUGAUUUUGUUAAAAAAUGAUAGCUCUGUUUCAGAAUAUCCACUCAAACUCUCUCCACACUGUACAUAGUGCUUCUAUAAUGCUUCAUUGAUUUAGAUCACUUGUCCUGUUUUCUUCAUUGCUCUUUUUUUUAAAAAAAAAAAGUCUGUGUGUAAUAUAACUGUAUCUUGUUCAGAGAUGUCCUUCCUCGAUGUCAGUAUUCUGGUGUUGUCCAUGUAAGACACACAGUGUAUUCAUCAGAUAAGAUGUUGUGAUGCUACAUGAUAAGGCCACCGUGAAUAUAGUGAACAUACAGCCCUCACAGCUUAUAACCAAGGCCACUGUUUAAAGUUAUUUAAUGUAGAACCGCUCCAAUCUUAAUAACCACGACAUAGUAGACUACAAAUACUCUGUUAGGUAUUUGUAAGUAUUUGAGCCAUUUGGAUGAAAAUAUGGCGUUUUGGUCAUGACUGUUAGUUCACCAGUAUUCCACCAGCUCCGUUGAUGGAGCAGUGUUGACGCAAUUUGAUGCCAUAGAUUGUAUAUAAACCUUUUCCUCAGGGAGCUAAAUCUGACCAUUUAAAAUCAAGGUUUGAAUAUUUCAUUGAUGUGUUGUAAUUCAUAAUAACUGAUACUUCAUAUUUGUAUCAUAAGGCUCAGUUUACAGUAUAUGAGGAAAUCACAUGUAUGUGGUCUGAAAACUGAUUAACAGUAAGAGCUAAAAUUGUGAUUGAUAAAGGAAAUGGAGCUUUGCUAGAGGUCAAAGUUCAACAGUUACCCAUUCAACUGUUACUGUUGGCUCUCCACUGUCAAACACAAUGGCAGAGGGGUCAACAACCUCUUCUCAUUUCAAGCCAGACUGCUUUACCCAUGAUUCAACCCUAGCACUAUCAAGCAGCGCAUUAAGUGUGUUAUGCAUGUCCAUCCGCUGCUAGAAGACACUGAAUAAUUCAUUUAUCUAGGCAGAAAUAUCUUAACAUGGCAACCGCAUGCUACUUAUGUAGGCCACACAGAGGACAGGCCCAUAUUUACUCCCCCUCUGCAAUAGUGCCACUCUUUUUGUUCCAUGUCUCCUUACCUUUCCGGACUGUGACCAUCACUGUAAAAUAAUACCUUGAAAAAUGCCAAUAAAACCAUCAUAACUGUAGAACCAAACUGAGAUUCAUUUCUAUUUUAUGAGUUUGAACACUGAUAGAGUUAAUAUCAUGAGAGAA